AUGGACAUUCCAGGCGGUAAAAAACAACAUUUUCGACACCUUCUUUACUUCGCCUUUCGCCGAGGUCAAAAAGCCACCGAAGCUGCUCGGGAUAUUUGCGCCGUGUAUGGAGAGGAUGCUAUAACUGCGAGGACUGCUCGAAAUUGGUUUGCCAAAUUCAAAAAUGGCAAUUUCGACCUAGACGACUCUCUCCGCUCUGGUCGACCUUCUGACUUCGACGAGGAUAGUCUCAAAGCGCUUUUGAAGGAAGACGGCCGUCGAUCAAGUCGGGAAUUGGCCGAGAAGAUGUACUGCGACCAAAAGACAAUUUUGAACCAUCUUCACUCGAUGGGAUUUGCCGAACACCGCCCGACACCGGGCAACACGCGGCCACAAGCAACGAUUUUUGUAUAG